AUGGACAAAAUUCGCCAUAAUUUCACCGCUUUGUGUUAUAAUUUCAGUCAGGCGUUUAAGAAAGCCACGCCCGACCGGGGUCCUCAGACUAGACAUUGCCGCGGUGCAUCCUGGGACCUUCCUUUCCAUCCCAGGCUCGCUUCUGCAAUCAUGGGAAAGUGUCGUGGUCUGCGCACAGCCAGGAAGCUCCGUAACCAUCGCCGUGAGCAGAAAUGGCACGAUAAACAGUACAAGAAGGCCCAUCUGGGCACUGCCCUGAAGGCUAACCCCUUUGGAGGAGCUUCCCACGCCAAGGGAAUCGUUCUUGAGAAAGUGGGUGUUGAGGCUAAGCAGCCCAACUCUGCCAUCAGGAAGUGUGUGAGAGUUCAGCUCAUCAAGAACGGCAAGAAGAUUACCGCCUUUGUCCCCAACGAUGGUUGCCUCAACUUCAUCGAAGAAAACGACGAGGUUCUGGUGGCAGGAUUCGGACGUAAAGGUCACGCCGUGGGUGACAUCCCCGGAGUCCGUUUCAAGGUGGUGAAGGUUGCCAACGUCUCCCUGCUGGCUCUCUACAAAGGCAAGAAGGAGAGACCCAGGUCAUAAACAGUUGAUGCAGAGAAUCAAAUAAACAUGUUUUCAAUUACA